AUGGGGUAAGUCUACGCAUCCGAUUAUGUUGAAUUGUACUCAAUAAAUCCAAACAACCAAUCUAUGCAUUAAUCUGUUGACAAAUCUAAAAUAAAUGAAUCCUUAGUAUUACUUAUUGUUAUUCAAUAUUUAAGCAUCAUGCAGUACCUCCAAUCUAGCCUAAACCAAAACCAAAUUAAAUCAAGAGUGCCAACAUAGAUCAGAUAAAAGGACUAAGGAUCUUCAUAUCUUAAGAGAUGUUCUUUGUUAUUAAUACUAUCUAGUACUAAUGAAUUCCCUGACUUAGAUCCUGCUUCUUACGAAAGACAUGAUAUAGUUGAUGGAGAAUAUUAUGGGAGAUUGCGUGAUACCAAUAGAGAAGGGGAUGGUGUUUUAUCUCUCAGAAGGAAGCCUAUGCAAAAGGGUAUGUUUUUUGAAUUAGGAUCAGGUUAGUAAGAAUAAGAACAACUCUACAAAUUUUUUGGAACGUAUCGGGACGGAUAAGCUACUGGCAAUGGAUAUGCGUUUUUUCAUUAAGAUUACUCUUAUUGGGGAGAGAUUCAAAAGAAUGAAAUUAAAGGAAGAGGAAUCCUUAAAACCAAAGACAAUUAAACUUAUUAAGGGAUCUGGGAUGAAAGGAAAUUGAAAUACGGCAUUCUAUAAACGUUACUAAUUCUUAUAUUCUAAUAGAUAACUCUAUAAAUAUGUGGGAUAAUUUAAAGAUGGGUUAAGAGAUGGAUUAGGAGAAUGUCAUUAUUCUGAUGGGACAGUCAUUAAAGGAAAUUGGAAAUAAGACAAUCUAUCUGAUCUAUGUCAAAUCCAAUAUCCAGAUAAUAGUGUGUAUAGUGGAUAUUUCUAUGAAGGAAUGAAACAUGGAUUUGGGCAUUUGAAAGAAGAAAAUUAUGAAUAUUUUGGUGAGUUUGAUCGUGAUGUUAAAAAUGGCCUAGGACUUUUGAUUUAACCAGAAGAAAAUUAGAUGAAUUAAUCUCAGCAUAAACAUAAAUUUAGUAUAUAUGAUGUUUAGUGAUUAAAUAGCUGAAUUACUGUAUUUUGAAGGAGUUCAUAAGGGAUUGUUUUGUGAGUACAAAGAUAAGCAAAAGAAAUAAUGGUUUGAAAUUAAUGAUGAUGGUACAUUAGAAAAUUUAGAUUUAAUCACUGAAAAGAGAGGCCUAGCUGAACUCUUAGGAUAAGAAAAGAGUUUAGAUCAGUAAAAAGUAUGAAUACUAUUCUUUAUAAAGACAUAAUUAGAGAAGAACAUUUAAGAAAUGAUUUGGAAUUUAAAUGAUAUCUAAAAUAAUUAAAAUCACUUAAUGUCAUUAGAAAAACAAAUGGAUUCAUAAACAAUAAAAUUAGCUCAACUUGCUCUAUAUUAAGAUUGGAUUGACUAAAAUAAAUAGUGA